AUGUGCUGCAACUACUACGGGAACUCCUACGGGGGCUGUGGCUACGGCUCUGGCUAUGGCUGUGGCUAUGGCUCUGGCUAUGGCUGUGGCUACGGAUCUGGCUAUGGCUGUGGCUACGGAUCUGGCUAUGGCUGUGGAUCUGGCUAUGGCUGUGGCUACGGAUCUGGCUAUGGCUCUGGCUACGGCUGUGGCUAUGGCAGUGGCUGCUGUACCUUCCGACCAUCCUGCUACCGACGAUGCUAUUCCUCUUGCUGCUAG